AUGGCAGACAAGGAAGAAACAUCCGGAGGAGAGCAGGAUGACGUCUCAUUUCUGAGAACGGGCGACAUCGUAUGCCUUUCAUGUAUAACAUCACAUAAUCGAGAUGGUGUACUUGGCUCCGAACGUGUAUGCCUUUGCACGGAAGGUUUCGGGAAUAGGAUGUGCACCUUGGAAAAUGUGUCCGAUAGGGAUAUUCCACCCGAUAUUGCUAUCUGUAUGCUCUAUAUUGACAAUGCGCUAUCGAUGAGAGCAUUACAGGAAAUGAUGUCAGCCGAUUCGGAACAUAAAUCUGCCUCUGGCGCUGGCGGACAUAAAACUCUGCUUUACGGCCAUGCCGUUCAAUUGAAACAUGUGCAGAGUGAAAUGUAUCUCGCCUGCCUCUCAUCCUGCUCUUCCAAUGACAAGUUAGCGUUUGACGUGGGAGUACAAGAAACGAACGAAGGAGAGGCAUGCUGGUGGACGAUUCAUCCAGCCUCCAAACAACGAUCCGAAGGAGAGAAAGUCCGCGUUGGAGAUGACAUCAUCCUUGUCAGUGUGGCUACUGAGCGUUAUUUGCAUAUGGCAUACAGUAAAGGAUACAUGGUCAUCGCGUCAUUUCACCAAACAUUAUGGAAUAUUCAAAGUGUGAGCUCUGGAAGUGUGCGCACUAGGAAUAUGGGUUAUGUAUUCGGAAACGAUGUUAUGCGGUUAUUCCACGGUAACGACGAAUGCUUGACGAUUCCAGAGAACUGGAGCGAACAUCCACAACAUAACAUGGUGAUUUACGAAGGAGGUGCAGCAGUGAAUCAGGCUAGAUCUUUAUGGCGAAUCGAGUUAAUUCGCAUGAAAUGGCACGGUGCAAUGGUUGGAUGGGAACAACUAUUCAGGAUCAAACAUAUCACUAGUGGACGAUACCUCGGAGUAAUAGAGAACGCUGUGCAACUUUAUCAUAAAGACAAGGCUGAUUUUGACCUCACAGCUUUUGUGAUGUGUCAGAAUAAGGACCCGAAAAAGCAAAUGCUCGAUGAAAAAGAGGAGGAAGGCAUGGGCACACCAUGUAUUCAGUAUGGUGAAACGAACGCUUUCAUACAACACGUAAAAACGCAACUCUGGAUGUCUUAUCAAACCUCUGAAGUCACCAAAAAAGGUCUUGGAAAGGUUGAAGAAAAGAAAGCUGUUGCUCUCAAAGAUGGUCAUAUGGAUGACUGCUAUACCUUCUUUAUGGCACUGGAAGAGGAAUCAAAAUCUGCCCGAGUCAUACGGAAAUGCUCCAGCGUUCUAAACCGAUUUUUGAAGGGAAUCGACGCUCUCCAAAAUGAGGGUCAUCAAUCACAAGAUUGGGCAAGAGUGGAUCUGAAUGAGGUGUUGAAGCUUAUGGAGGAUUUGAUUGAGUACUUUUCACAACCAGAAGAUGAGCAAGAAUUCGAAGUAAAGCAGAAUCGAUUGCGUGCCUUACGAUCUAGACAAGACCUUUUCCAAGAAGAAGGAGUUCUAAACAUGAUUCUGGAUACCAUUGAUAAAUUCUCCCAAAUGGAAUCAUUGCCAGAUUUUGCGGGUCUCAUCGGGGAAGAGACUCAUAUGAUGUGGGAAGAAAUAGCUACCUAUCUAUAUCUUUUGGUAGCAGCAAUGAUCAAGGGAAAUCACUACAACUGCGCGCAGUUUGCUGCUGCACAACGUCUGGAUUGGCUUUUCGGUCGCCUCAGUAAUCCACAGUCAGCUGAAGGAAUCCUGGAUGUUUUGUACUGUGUGCUUACCGAAUCACCAGAAGCUCUAAAUAUGAUCAACGAAGGACAUAUUCGUUCUGUUAUUUCGCUAUUAGAGAAAGUGGGUCGAGAUCCAAAAGUUUUGGAUGUGUUGUCUUCACUGUGCGAGGGAAAUGGGAUGGCAGUAAGAAGCAGUCAGAAUCUCAUUACUGCCUAUUUCUUACCGGAGAAAGAUUUACUGUUGCAAACUGCAAUGAGAGAUCACGUGAGCAGUAUGAUGCCGAAUGUGCUAGUUGGUGUAGUAGAAGGUUCAGCGUUAUUUCGUAGGUGGUACUUCGAGGCUGAAGUGGAACACAUUGAGAAUAUGACGAAAGAGGAUCCUUAUUUGCGGAUUGGUUGGGCGAAUAGCGUUGGUUUCAAACCGUUUCCUGGAUCUGGCGACAAGUGGGGAUGCAAUGGUGUUGGAGAUGACUUCUACUCCUACGCAUUUGAUGGACGAUGUGUGUUCUUCGCCGGGAAGGGACGAGUUGUCUCACCAAAGAAACUGGAAAAAGGAGAUGUUGUGGGAUGUGCACUGGACCUGAACGUGCCUGAAAUCAGGUUCUCCGUUAAUGGACGCGAUGUGGGUGCUAGCUACAGAAAUUUUAAUAUUGACGGGUAUUUCUUCCCUGUGAUGUCAUUGAGCGCAAAAGUGAGUUGCCGAUUUAUCUUCGGAGGAGACCAAGGACGCCUACGUUUUGGACCACCUCCAGGAUUCUCGGCGGUAGUAGAAGCAGUUAGCGGAGACCUUCAGAUAUCAGACUGCCUUUCCUUCGGAGAGCUACCUAAAAAUAUCUAUUGCGGGCCGGCAACAAUUUUCUCCAGUAUCGAGCCUUUUGUGCCGCAACCAGUGGAUAUUAGCAACGUUGUACUUCACCACCAUGCUAACGAAAUUCACCAGAAGUUUGCUGAAAACCUCCACGAGCUUUGGGCUAUGAGAAAAAUCGAACUUGGAUGGAGUUAUGGAGAGACACGCUCCGAAACGCAACGGAAACAUCCAUGUCUCAUAUCAUUUGAUCGCUUACCGACAACAGAAAAGCAGUACAACAUCAAUUUGGCACUGGAUACGAUGAAAACCAUAGAGGCGCUUGGUUUCCACCUCAUCACUGAUAACCCACCUACAAGGCUUCGACCAGUCAGACUGGCUCAAAACUUUCUACAGCCAAACGGCUACAAGCCCCAGCCCUUAGAUACUCAUGAGAUCACUUUGCCAGAGGAAGUGAAUCCACUGAUUGAAGCAUUGGCUAAGAACACCCAUAAUGUGUGGGCAAGGGAGAAGAUCAAGAGAGGAUGGACUUUCGGGCUAAAUGAGUUCGUGGAUUCUACGCAAAAACGGUCGCCCCAUCUGGUACCUUACGAGGAAGUCGACAAUCGAAUAAAGGAAGCAAACAGAGAAUCUGCAGCAGAGAACUUGCGAGCAUUGCAGCUUUUCGGCCUUUUUGUCGAGCCACCAGCUCAUGAACACGAUGAAUUGGCUGAGAAAGAAAUGCGAGCCCGCAGGGAUGUGACGAGAACUUACCGAGCUGAGGCCACCUAUGCUGUGACAGCUGGGAAAUGGUACUUCGAGUUCGAGAUCCUUACGGCUGGAUUCAUGAAAAUCGGUUGGAUGGAUGUCGGUGCUUCGCCAGACAUUCAGCUCGGACAAGAUGAUCGUGGAUAUGCAUUUGAUGGAUUUUUGGGACGCAAGUGGCACCAAGGAGCAGAAAGCUAUGGAAAGGAGUGGAAGAUUGGUGAUGUUGUCGGUUGCUUUCUGGAUCUUAACGACCGGACCAUUAGUUUCUCUCUAAAUGGAGAAUUGCUGUUGGAUCCAUCCGGUUCUGAGAUGGCGUUCGACAACGUUAUGUGUGGUGACGGUUUGGUACCAGCUAUGAGUCUAGGAAGUGGUCAGAAAGGUCGACUCAACUUUGGCCAACAAAGCAAUUCCUUGAAGUUCUUUACGACAUGCGGUCUGCAAGAAGGAUACGAACCGUUCUGUGUAAAUAUGUAUCGCUCGAUGCCUAUGUGGUAUGCCAAGCGGCUUGCACGGUUCGAAGAUAUCAGCGCUGGAUCUCAGUUGGAAAUUUCUAGAAUCCCAGCAACAGGCAAUAGCCCUCCAUGUCUGAAGCUUACUCAAAAGGCCACUCUCACCGAAGGCGGUCCUUCCGAAAAAGCCACUAUGGAGUACAUUCGUCUGUCAUUACCGGUCAAAUGUAAUGAGAGUUUUGUGAAAAACAAAUGGUCCGACGAUGAUUCGGAAUACUUCUGGAGAGACAAAGAGGCGAUAGCGAAAGCACUAGCAGAAUUCAAACCACGAAGUAUGUCAAUGGUAUCUACAAUUCGAGCACCGGGAAUACCGCAAGAGUUCCAGGACCAGUCAAAGGAUCGCAAGAAAUCCUUUAUCGGCAACAUGCUCAGCUUAAAGGAUUCACGUGAAUCCGAUGACGAUCGAUCGAAUCGUUCGAAACAACCAUCAUUCGACGGUGACCAUGAACAUGAAUCACUCGCACUUAGUCAGCGUCGUAGAGUGCUCACAUUGAUGAACUACGGACUGUAUUCGUUCGACGAAUCGGUGCUUACGUGGCUUCGAAUGGAAGGAGAAGAACGACAUUCUUGGCUGGACGCGAUCAGGGGCUCGCUGGUAGAGCUACCUCAAGAGGAUCGUGUAGCUGCAGAAGAACGCCUGAAAGCGAUGGCAGAUCGUGAAAAACCGCAGAAGAAAGGUGGACUGCUGAGUCGACUUCGCGAUAGCAGUCAUUCCAGGAAGAAAGAUUCUAAAUCAAAAGAAGAAAAGAAUAGUCGUUUGGGCGGUCAAAAAUCAAACUGGAGAUCAUUUGACGCGGCAAGCGUUGUAUCCGAAACUGGUGCACCAGCAGGACAAAAGGAUGUACUUGCAUCUAAUGACAUGCCAUCGUCUGGUCCCGGCCGUCAGUUGACUAUCAAGCGGCCAGUUUCACCCAAAAACAAGAAGAAAAAGAAGGAACACACAGUGACCAUGGAUAAACGUGGAUCCCAAGUUGCAAUCGAACUUCCUGCAGAAAUCGAACACGAAAGCGAUGCUCAGGCUCUCAUUGAGCACGCGGACAAAGUUGAUGAAUAUUAUUAUGGCCUGCGUAUUUUCCCUGGACAAGAUCCAAGUCAAGUGUGGGUUGGAUGGGUAACGACCCAGUACCAUUUCUAUUCGCCAACAUUUGAGCAGGAAAACGUGGAAAGACGGUGUUUGUACGCAGAAGGGAACGGGACAUCAAUGGACAGCCUGGAGUACCGUAACUGUUACAUGAUGAAUGCAGCUGAGUUACUUUCGCAUGUUUCUGAUGCCACCAACACGAAGGUUUCUGGAACACUUAUUGGAUGCAUUAUCGACACAUCGAUAGGAGAGCUGUCGUUUCAAGCAUCUGGACAGGACACUGGUGUCAGAUUCAAAUUGGAACCAGGUGCCAUGUUGUUUCCAGCCGCUUUCUUCACACCAACAGCUACCGAAAUUCUUCAGUUUGAGUUGGGAAGAGUUAAAUUCACCUUCCCCAUCUCCGCUGCAAUGUUCAAAUCAUGUCACAAGUCAUUGGUUCCGUUCUGUCCACCACGGCUCACCGUCGAAUGUUUGGAUCCUGUACAAUGGGCCAGAGUCCCUAAUGAGACUUUGAGAACCACAUCGUUGAAGCUGAGUGAUAUCCGAGGAUGGUCGGUACUGUGCGACGAUCCAGUUCGAAUUAUGGCAGUUUAUGUCCCCGAAAAAGAUGAAUCGUUCGAUAUUCUUGAGAUGAUUGAGAAGCCGGAAUUCUUGGAUUUCCAUCGACAAACGCUAAAUUUAUAUUGCAAACUCGCUAGUCAUGGCAAUCAGAAGGUGGCUCACAUCUUAUGCCAGCAUGUUGAUGAGGAUCAGAUCAUGUACGCUGUUAAGAGCCAUUAUCUGUCUGGGCCAAUGCGUCAAGGUUACCAUGAUCUGCUUAUCGCUGUUCAUCUCAAAACUCAUGCCACUGCUCGUCAGUCUAUGAGUAACGAAUAUGUAAUACCGCUUUGUGAGCACUUGGCCCAUCAAAAUGUCUUCGAUCCGGAUGCAGAAACGAGGUAUCCUCAAAUUAUGGGAGAUGUUUACUCGAUGUUACCAGUCAUGGUUGCAGAACCAGUGAAAACGCAUUUCUCUCGGGAAGAAGAAAUGAAGCUUCUCCCACCUGCCAUCAACUUCGAUGCACUUAAAGCCCAUGUAAUGAGUGCUAUGGAAAGUGCCACUCGACAUGCUGUGAUGAACUGUCGCGAUCUCAUAGGUGGCGACAACUGUAAUCAUUUCGAACCUUUGAUGAAGCUUUUCGACUCUUUGCUUGUCAUUGGGCUAAUAGAUGACCCUGAACUGGAAGCACUACUGAAAUUGAUUCAUCCUGCUGCUUUUGAUCCUGCAUAUGAAUCAGGAACCACACAAAAAGGUCUAACUGAAAUUGAGUUUUCUGAGCCAGUGAAAAUUCAGCUGGUUAAUAUAAUUGACCACCUCUGCGAUAUCCAGCUCCGUCACCGCAUCGAAUCGCUGGUAGGGUUCACGGAGGGCUUUGUUGCGGAACUUCAACAAGACCAGUGCAGGCGCUAUAUGGAUAUCAAGCAAACCGACAUGCCACCAGCAGAAGCUGCCAAAAAGACCAAAGAGUUCCGAUGCCCUCCUAAAGAGCAAAUGUUCCGUCUCCUAAAAUGCAGAGUCAAAGAAGAGAAGGAAGACAUCCUCGAAGACGAUGUAGAAUAUGACCAGUGCCCAAUGGCUGAAAAUCUGCAAGAGCAAUUGCGGGACUUCUGUGCAAUGUUAGUAGCGAAGAUUGGAAACGAAGAUGACUGUGAUGAUGAAGAUCGUCAGGGACUCAUUGAGGCGGAAGACGGAUCGUGGGUGGACUCCUUAGCCCGAUUAGUGGUAGCAGUACCACCUCCACCUCCAGCUGAUGAGAAAGUCCUAGCCACAAAAAAGGGAACACGAAACUUCAGGGACAUGGUUAUCAAGAUGCUUCGUGAUUGGGCUUUGGGAGAAUUCAUUGAAAGCAACGAGCUUAUUCGUAAAAUGUUCCACCUAUUGUUAAGGCAAUACUCGGGGAUAAGAGAGCUCCAAGAUGCUAUGGCGCAGACAUAUGUGCUGCACGAAAGGAACAAUCUAGACGUACAAGACUUCAUCAUUUAUCUGAUCCAGAUCCGCGAAUUGCUUACAGUCCAAUUUGAACACACUGAGGAAGCUAUCUUGAAGAGAGGAUUGUGGAAGCUGAUGAAUAAUCGUAUUUUCUUCCAACAUCCUGACUUGAUGCGUCUUUUAUCUGUUCACGAAAAUGUGAUGUCAAUUAUGAUGAAUAUUCUAACAGCACAACAAGGUGCUGUUGAACACGAAGGAGAAGAAGUGAAGGAAAAGACGCCUAUAAAGGAUUCUUCCGAAAUGGUAGUAGCCUGUUCAAGAUUUCUUUGCUAUUUCUGCCGUACUUCUCGGCAGAACCAAAAGGCUAUGUUUGAGCAUCUGUCAUUCCUUCUGGAUAAUGCUACCAUGCUUUUGGCAAGACCGAGUUUAAGAGGUUCAGUACCACUUGAUGUCGCUUACUCUUCAUUCAUGGACAAUAACGAACUGGCUUUAGCGUUAAAGGAAGAGGAGCUUGAUAAAGUGGCAGUCUAUCUAUCUAGAUGUGGACUUCAACCCAACUCGGAAAUGAUUGCUAAAGGCUAUCCUGAUAUCGGUUGGGAUCCAGUAGAAGGAGAAAGAUAUAUUGACUUCCUACGUUUCUGUGUUUGGAUAAAUGGUGAGAACGUUGAAGAAAACGCUAACUUAGUGAUUCGACUCUUGAUCCGACGUCCUGAAUGUCUUGGUAUCGCACUUAAGGGAGAAGGACAGGGGCUUUUUGCUGCCUUCAAGGAAGCUAUCGCAUUAUCCGAAGAUAUCCGAGUUUUGGAAGAAGAAGGCGAGAACGCUACAAUGUUGAAAAGCGGGCUGUUAGGAGAGUCUCCGUCUUAUCCUUCCAAAGAUGCAGAAGGUGAAGAUUACCUUGAUCUCGGAGCAGCGACGCUCGACUUCUACUCGUCUUUGGUAGAUUUGCUCGCAAAGUGUGCGCCUGAUCCUAUGGCUAUACAGGCUGGAAAAGGCGAUUCGUUGCGAGCUCGUGCUAUUUUGCGAUCUCUGAUCUCUUUGGAUGACCUUGGGCAAAUUCUCAGUCUCAGGUUCACUAUUCCAAACCUUACGCAGGCUGCAACAGAUGUUCGUCGUCGCUCAUUCGCAAACUCGCACCAACACAAUAUCACCGUAUCGCACUCGUUCGCCAAAAUAGCCAAUGAGGUGUCGCAAUCGCAGGCAAAUCGUGAUCGUGUGCCAUCGUUGCCAUCAGCAAAUCCAGAACAUCAUCUAUCUCGGUUACGUGAAGAGGAGUCAGACAACGAGUCUGACUAUGGUUCAGCAAAGAGUUCACUGGAUGAAUUGGAACCGACGAGCACCACGAAAUUUCUGGCUCCAACCACAACAGUAGGACUGACGGUUCCUGCACCAAUGGCUCGAGGGGGCAGCAGGAGGAACAAACGUUUUGGCGUUCAUUACAACGGCCCUCUACCCGGACUGUUGCCCAACCACAAGGGUUCAGUUCUACUUUUCCUGGAUCGUGUGUACGGCAUCGAUUCGCAGGAUAUGUUACUCCAUUUCCUUGAACAGAGCUUCUUACCAGAUCUGCGUGCGGCUACUAUGAUGGAUUCGCCACGAGCUUUGGAAUCAGACACAGCUCUCGCUCUUAACCGAUAUCUCUGCAAUGCCGUCUUGCCGCUGCUCACCAACCACUCUCACUUUUUCGCAGAUUCUGAACAUCAUGCGGCACUUUUGGAUGCGACACUACAUACGGUGUAUCGCAUGAAUCGACUGAAGUCCUUAACAAAGAACCAACGUGAAGCCGUUUCCGACUUCCUAGUGGCAAUUACGAGAGAAUUGCCACCAGGAAUGAUGAUUAAGCUGCUUCGAAAGGUCAUCGUAGACAUUCGGCAGAUGAGCGAUAUGAAUGUGCUUGUACCACUAAGACUGAUGACACUGCACUACGAACGGUGUGGCAAGUAUUACGGUAAUGGAAAUCAGUACGGGGUAGCCACAGAAGUUGAGAAACGCCUAUCAAUGCUGCUAUUCUACGCCAUUUUUGAUUCACUUGGCAGUAGGCCUUAUGAUCCAGAUUUGUUCGGAAAGGCUCUACCAUGCUUGACAGCCAUUGGUUCAGCCAUUUCGCCGGAUUAUACUUUGACCACUGGGGUGGAAGACAUGGCUAGAUUUAAGGAUCCUUUGGACGAUGGCGCAUGGGUGCCGAAGACGGUAGAUAUUUCACGCGUCGACCUUCCAAGAGAUUUGCAGUCACUUACUGAUGCUUUUGCCGAACAUUUCCAUGAUUCCUGGGCGACCAGAAAACUCGAGAAAGGAUGGACACAUGGAGAUUUGUAUUCCCGACAGCAGUUCACCCACCCAAGGCUCAAGCCAUUCAGUUUGCUUAAAGAUUUUGAAAAAGCGUUCUACAGGGAACGCUGCUCUGAAUGCCUUCGAGCACUUAUUGCGUGGGGUUAUACUUUCGAUUUGGCUGAUCGUGACGCCGCCGACAGGGCGGAACUCGCUCAUACUCCCUCAGGGACAUCAAUCCAGAACUUUGCACCAAAACCUGUGGAUUUGUCGAGCAUGACAUUGGAAAAGGAUAUGGUUGCCGCUGGAGAAAAAAUGGCCGAACAUUCGCACCUUAUCUGGGCCAGAAAGGUGUGGAACGACCUGAACACCAAAGGUGGUUUCAUGCCUACAUCGCUGGUCCCGUGGGAUCUUUUAACUGAUUUUGAACGUCGAAAGGAUCGUUUCAGGGCAAACGAAAUUCUGAAAUUUUUGCAAUAUCACGGAUAUCACGUCACGAGCCCACAACAAGAGCAAGCGCAGGAAAGAGCAAAAAAUGAGAGUGAACGUUCUUCAGUGGAGAAGAGGUUUGCCUACAAUCUUCUGGAAAAACUUAUCCAGUACCUGGAACAAGCAAGUCUUAAAAUGAAAUCAGUGAAGCCGAGUCAGGAACUUACUAGAAGGAACACCUUCAGAAAGGAGGGCCAAGAUGUGAAAUUCUUUGAAAAAGUCGUUCUCCCACUGAUGCAUGCCUACUUCAAUGCCCACAAGAACUACUUCCUCGAGGGAUCUAGCAUCGUACAGACGGGUACAGCUAGUAACAAGGAAAAGGAAAUGGUUGCUAAUUUGUUCUGCCGUCUAGCUUCCUUGCUGCGAAUCAAAAAUCGCGCUUUCGGAAGUGUGGCCAAAAUUACCGUGAGAUGCCUCCAGGGACUCACCCAAGCUCUUGAUUUGAGGACGCUAGUCAAAGUGAACUCUGACAUCGUUCGUACUUCUUUGCUUUCGUUCUUCAAUAACUGCGCUGAUGACUUAUUCGCGGCUGUCAAAGAACUUAAGGACAACGGCCAGUACUCAUUGAUCCGCGGCCAAAAUCUGAAGUCAUGGAUUUCACUGGAAUUCGCUCACCAAAUGAUUAUUCCAGUGCUUACAACAAUGUUCGGACACCUGGCUCGAAAUCACUUCGGAACCGAUUUGUUGUUGGACGACAUCCAAGCGGCUUGCUACAAGAUUCUGGAUUCCCUAUACAUGGUGACUGGAUUGUCUUCGACUGCAGCACAAAGGAAAAGCAUCGGAUUUGAAACUGAUAAACAUCGUCCCGGCCUUGGUCAGUGCCUUUCUGCUUUUGCUUCCUGUUUCCCGGUUGCAUUCCUUGAACCCGAGUAUAACAAGAAUAACAAGUACUCUGUGUUAGCCAAAACUCAGGAUCAGUCCGUACAGGUGCAAGAAAUGUUACAAAAUCUGUCUACUCAUAUUCCACAUAUCGAACGGCUGCUCGCUGAUAUCGAACAGGUUGCCAACAACGGCGUAAUGUACUCCGAGAAUCCGAAUAUAUAUGAUGUGGAUCUACCUUUAAUGUGCUCAUACAUGGGCUACUGGUUUAACAUUGGUCCUGAUGGUCGCAAGAGUGAGAGGACCACUGAGGAGAAAGAACAUCGCCAACCGUUGCCUAUGACAUCCGUCUCAGCCGACCAUAUAAAUAGAAUCUUCUGUUCUUUGUUAAGAAUGGUUCGAAAUCAUAUUGGAGUUGAAAACGCACCAUGGUUGUGUCGAACAACAUUCUUUGCUGUACAAAUCAUUCAAAAUGUCACAUGCGAUCCGGUGAAGGAGUAUGUGCUUCCAAUUGCUGAGAGACUACGUAGAAUGAGCGAGAAGGCAUUCCGAGAAGAAGAGCACAUGCGGACUCAUCCAGACGAUGCGGAUGAGGGAACUGUGGCCGAGGAUAAUGCUCGCCUAGUCCGAGAUACGUACGCAUACUUCCCAAUUCUUAUGAAAUACACCGACCUUCAUCGUGCGCAAUGGUUGAAGUCACCAUCCUGGGAGACCGAUGGCGUGUACGAAAAUGUAGCCGUUAUUUUCCGCAUUUGGAGUCAAAGCCAACACUUCAAGCGAGAAGAACUGAACUACAUGGCGCAGUUCGAAGAAGAUACGGCAAUGGUGGGCGGUGAAGUGAAGACUGGUAAAGCUGCCAUUGCUGAGAGGAAAAAGAAAAGACGAGAGGGGCAGGUGAAGAAGGAUAAACAUGCUAACAGUAUUGUUAUAGCAUGUCUGAAAAGGUUGCUACCGGUCGGACUCAAUGUCUUUGGUGGAAGAGAACUGGACAUUGUUCAACAAUCGAAAGAAAGAUUCCUGCAGAAAGAGCCUGAGGAUAAAAUUCGAGAAUUCAUCAAAGGAUUACUUGAAAUUCCUGUUAAGACUGAUCCAACGGACAAAAAUGCUUGGCAAUUGUCUUUAUAUCGAAAGAUAGGCAAAAGCCAGAUGAGAGGAAAGAAUGAAAUGACUCAGGAUGCCGUUAUAGAAAAGAUCUUCAAUAUGGGACAGGUGUCAGCUAUCUUGCAUACGACGGAGCACCCGCAACAGCUGCUUUCACAAGCCUGGAAAAAAGUCGUCUCCACGCAGCGAAAACGUGCGGUGGUUGCGUGCUUCCGUAUGGUGCCGCUAUAUGGGAUACCGAGACAUCGUGGCAUCAAUUUCUUUUUGCCAGCAUUCUCCUGCCUGUGGCUCAAUGAGGAAGACGUUGGACAGGAUAAAUUGAUUUCCGAAUUAGUAAGCGGAUUGGAGGAAGACGAAACACCUCGUGUCGAGGUGGUUCUGGAGGAGGGAGUUCUCAUUACGGAGGAAAAUCGGGAAAACGAAUGUCCUGACCCAUUAAAACAAUUGAUUCAAUGCUUCCAACGUGCUGCCACCAGUGAGGAGAGUCAAGCGCAGCCAAUUCACGACGACACUUUGUACAUCCGCUUUGCCGAUGUUAUGGCUCAAUCUAUCCACAUCGAAGAAGAAGAUGGUGAUGACGGCGAAGAUGCGGAAAUCGACCAAGCACAAAAAGAAGAACAAUCACAAGCGCUUCGCGCCGAACAAGGAAUUCUUGCCGAUCGCGGUGCAGCUAUUAUGUGCCUCAUGUAUCUGUCAGCAAGUAAUGGGGAACCCAAUGAUAUGGUCGCUAAAACGCUAGAACUUGGCAUUCAUCUUCUUUCCGGAGGAAAUGUGGAUAUUCAGCGGAUGUUGAUCGAAUAUCUACAAUUGAAAAAAGAUGUUCGAUUCUUCACCUCUGUUGCCGGCCUCAUGAACAAGUGUUCAGUUUUGAACUUGGAAAUGUUCGAACGUCAGAUCAAAGCUGAAGGUCUUGGAAUGGGGGCGGAGCUAGCUGCAGGCGACAAUCAGAACCUCAACGAUGCAGAUUUCACAUGCUCGUUGUUCCGAUUCUUGCAACUCACAUGCGAAGGCCAUAAUCUGGAUUUCCAAAACUAUCUUCGCACACAACCUGGGCAUACUACCAGUGUAAAUCUUAUCAACUGCACUGUCGACUACCUGUUGAGACUUCAGGAGUCUGUAAUGGACUUCUACUGGCAUUAUUCCAGCAAAGAGGUGAUCGACGAAGGCGGUAAAGAGUAUUUCCUCAGAGCGAUUCAAGUCUGCAGUCAAGUAUUCAAUACACUUACUGAAAGCAUUCAAGGACCGUGCGUGGGCAACCAGAUGACUCUGGCAAACUCACGUCUUUGGGAUGCCAUUAACGGUUUCUUCUUCCUAUUUGCGCAUAUGAUGGAGAAACUUUAUCGGAAUUCGACUCAACUUGAACUUUUGAGAGAAUUUCUCAAUCUUCAGAAGGACAUGAUCGUACUAAUGCUGUCCAUGCUUGAAGGAAAUGUGCUCAAUGGACCCAUUGGAAAACAGAUGGUAGACGCGUUAGUAGAGUCCCAACCGUCUGUCGAAAAGAUCCUAAAAUUCUCGGAUAUGUUCUUGAAGCUUAAAGAUCUCACAACUUCACAGGCUUUCCAGGACUUUGAUACCAAUCGCGAUGGUUGGAUAAGUCCGAAGGAGUUCCAGAGAGCUAUGGAGAGUCAAAAGAUGUACACAGUAGAAGAUAUCACCUACUUAAUGAUGUGUACUGACGUGAACAAUGAUGGAAAGGUGGAUUAUAUGGAAUUCACGGAAAGGUUCCACAACCCUGCUCGAGAUAUUGGCUUCAACUUGGCUGUGUUGUUAACAAAUCUUAAGGAACAUAUCACUAAUGAUCCAAGACUGGAGAAGAUUAUUGAGAAGGCUCACACUCUGCUCGAGUAUUUCGAUCCGUUUUUGGGUAGGAUCGAAAUCAUGGGGUCAAGUAAACGGGUAGAGAAGAUCUAUUUCGAGAUUCAGGAGUCGUGGCUUGAACAAUGGGGUAAACAACAAAUUCGUGAUUCAAAGAAUUCUUUCCUCUUCAAUGUACUUCAAGAUGAUGGUGGAGAUCAAGGGAAACUGGAAGCUUUCAUCAAUUUCUGUGAGGACACUAUCUUUGAAAUGCAACACGCUGCCGAAAUAUCAUCUGGUGACAGUGAUUCGAAAAUGGAGCGAGCAAUGAAGCAGAGAGACUAUUUCCUACAACAAAACAGCGCAGGAGAGCAACUGUCAGAAACCUUCAAGAGCGGAUAUAAGUACGGAAUCAAUGCAGCCUCGGCGUUGCGACCUGAGAAUGUGAAACAGGCUUUCAAGAGCAUUACCGGGAAAGUGAGGCAAAUGACCUGGAUGCAGCUACUUUGGGCAAUCGUUGUUCUAUUGUUCCACUGCGGAAAAGCGCUAGGAUACUGCGCAUACCUGUUACUGAUGACAUUGUUCCGAUUUGCAUACUAUCUCACCACGCCGGAUAGCGAAUAUGAGGGAGGGGAUAAGGAUGAACAAAACGAGUUGCAUCACACUCCUAUCUAUGGUCAUCCAAUCUUGCCUGAAUUCCAUCACUCUCAUAUCGGUGUAGAAGCAUUCGGAGUAGCAGCGGAACAACUACCAACAGGAAAUCAUAACGGUAUUCCUGAAAUCAUCACCGAGGAAGCAACAUCGGAGGAAACCACUUCCCCAACCUCAGCCACAUCUCAUCCGCCGACUCCACCAGGAAGCGUCCAUAAACCACCAAGCUUAUAUGAGUCGAUCGGUGCUCCACAAGUUGCUGUUGCUGUAUCGGAUGAGGAUGUCGCUUCUGUCGCUUACGAACCGAAGAUUGCCGAGCAGAACAUCGGACGCAGCCGCGGAUCAAUACUUAAUAUGCUUGCUCGAAAUUUCAAAACCAUCGAGAAGACUACGUUAUACCUUGCAUUUUUCAUCAACGUUAUAUUGUUGUUCCACCGAGUUGACAUCAAACAUAUAGAUGCACCAGAAGCAAACGAUGGUGAUGAUGAUGAUGAUGCAAUUUCUGAGUCAGUGUAUAUUACUGGAAUGAUGUUACCGUACAUCGAUUACGAAGUCACUGGAUGGGUUCUCUCUCAAAUUUUAUACUGGAUUAGUGUGCUACAUCUGUCCACUUCAUUCGCGUUGUUGGUUUCGUUCUAUCAGCUUAAGAUCCCACUAAUCACAUUCAAACGUGAAAAAGAAGUGGCACGACGAUUGAUGUUCGACGGAUGCUGGAUUACCGAAGAGGAUAAUGAAGAAAGUGGUGUCAUUGACACCUUAUUGUGGUAUGCUUCUUCUCUGGAUUCUGCAUAA